AUGUAAAACUAAAAUAAGUCAUUUUUUGAUUAAGAAACCUGUUUGGCUGAAAUUGAAUUACCAUCUGAAUGGAGACCUUAAUUCUUGAAGUGGACAAAAAAGUUAGAAAAAUAGGAUAAAUAUUAAGAGAAAUUAAAGGCAAGUUUAGAAAUAAAAAACAAUGAAUAUUUCUUAAUUUUAGAAGAUGAAAAAUAAUCAUUUAGAAUGAAUAUAAGCGAAUUAAAAUAACCAAUGAAUAAAUGCAACUUAUUAAUACCAUCACCUCCUUAUAAUGAUUCACGAGAUGUUUAAAAUAUAGGUGUCUUGCCCUACAAAGCAAAAGCAAAAAUUGAGAAUGAUCAAAAAGAUGCUAGAAAUUAUCUAAACUCAAAUUUCUCCAGCAGCCAUGAAAUUGAAAAAAGUGAAAGUGAGAAGGAAUAUUGGGAAUAUUAAGUUUAUGAUAGACUCCAAUUGUCUCAUAAAGAUAUUAAAUAACCAUAGCAAGUUAUGGAGAAACCACCUGUAGAAGUUUAAGACACAUAAACUUUAAAGAUAAAUUUAAUUGAAUUCUUGAGAACUAAGGGGGAGAGUGGAGCUAAUAUUUAAGAAAUAAAGAAAUAUUAUAAAUUCCAAAAUUUUUCAGAAAAAAAUAUUAAGGAUACACUAAAAACUUUUGCAAAUACAACUACUAGGGCUAGUAAAUUAAUUUAUUUUUUACCUUCUACAUUGUAAAAUUGAAUGCUUGAGUUAAACGAUUCUAUACAUAAAUAAUUAAAUUUUAAUAAUUCUUUUCAA